AUGACGUCUCGUCUAACUUCCAGGGUUCCAGACUGCGCCUCCACCUCACAGCAUCAACAGUACAAGCAACUCGACAGUUUUCACCACCCCUUGACCGCAGUGCUCUAUAGCUUGAAAAAAUGCUCGUUCAAAAGGCUACUCGGAGCCUCCCAGAAAUAUUCCAAGCUUGUUGAUUUACUUCUGAUCACCGCAAUUCUUGGAAACCAUUCAUCCACUUCCCGCACCUUUGCGAUGCGGCUCUAUCUCGUCCCUAUCUCCACAGGGCGAUCUCUCCUUUACUGCAAAAGAGCCAAUACACAAGCUGCGAAGGAGCUGAGCCGUAUUGACAGGAUCACCGAAAAAGCAUCUGCUACCUGGGCGGGGUGGGAGGAGGCUGAUAAAGGCUGGAGAAAGAUUCUCGUUGCCUAUGGAAACCGUGUGCUCCAGCGAAUACCUUACGAGGAAUGGGGCCUCAAGAGCGUGCCACCGUUGAACACGAAGAGGGAGACUGAGGAGCUGGAAAGACAUACCCAAGUUCCGUUGGUCUUCCCGAAAAAUGUCAUCAAGGAGAGCAAGGUGCUAGACCUUCUCAGAAAGAUGGCUACUGAACGACAAAGUUUACACCGGAGCAGGAUGUGGUGGAGUAUUCUUAUUGCGCCGCUGACGGCUCCUAUCGCCCUCAUACCUCUUAUUCCAAACGUCCCAUUCUUCUACUUUGUUUACCGUGGGUGGUCGCAUUGGAGAGCAUUGAGCGGCUCAAAACACCUCUGCUUCUUACUUGAUAACAAACUCAUACAUCCCACAUCCCUCCCGGCUUUGGAAAGUCACUAUUCCAAAAAUCCGGCUCUUAACGAAAAGGAUUUUUCAGAGACAAAUACUGGGAACGUCAACUCAACCGAAGUUAUUCUGUUAAAGGAGUCAGAUGGCAAGAAGCUGGCGAAAAUCCUAGGUCCUCCUGAGCUUGCUGCGGAGGUGGAGAGGGCCGUGGGUCAAGUAAAACAUUUUUUCAACGAGAAGAAACAACAGUGA